AUGACCGCGACCACCAGACAAGCGGCGAGAGCCCUCUUCCCUCCUUCGGCAUGGAGCCCGUCGACUACGGACGACGAGCGCGAAGACGACCCGCCGCCGGCGUACAACACGUUCGUUAGGCACAUCGGCACGCAGAUGCCGCUGUCGCGGUCGUGUGCUACCGGACGCCGCGGCGUCGUCAACGAGCCACUUCCGCGCGCCAUAUCGGAUCUCGAGCUUCAGACGAGCGUUCUCGACUAUGAAGACUGGGCAGCCGGCGGCAGCGGGUGGUCAGGGGCAAGAGACGCAGCCGUGCGGGGAGAUGACGAGAAUCUUGAGGCUGCCAUCAGGGAUAGGAACGGGGGCAACGAGCGUGGCAUGAGUAUCCAGCCCCUGGACACGAGCACGCAGCUAUCGUCUCCGGGGCGGCCAGCGUGGGAGAAUGCCAGGGCUCUCGCACUGACGUGCGCUCUGCUCCUGAUACUCCUGUCCACGGCCGUUGCGUCCCUCGGGCUGGUCCUUUUGAUGGAACAGGAACAUCGAUCGCCAAUCUAA